AUUAUGGAAACAGGAAAUCAUUCCACAGUAAUAGAAUUUAUUCUUAUGGGAUUAACAAAUCAGCCAGAAUUCCAGAUCCCCCUUUUCUUACUCUUUCUACAAAUAUAUAUUAUUUCCAUGAUGGGAAAUGUGGGCUUACUCCUACUUAUCAAAACUAGUUCUCAUCUUCAUACCCCCAUGUAUUAUUUUCUUAGUAACUUGUCCUUCAUUGAUCUUUGCUACUCUUCUGUCAUUACUCCUAAAAUGUUGGUGAGUUUUGUAUCAGAGAAGAAUAUUAUCACCUACUCAGGGUGCUUGACCCAGUUCUUUUUCUUCUGUACUUUUGGCAUUGCUGAUCUCUUCAUGUUGUCAGCCAUGGCCUAUGAUCGUUAUGUUGCCAUCUGUAGUCCCCUUAUCUAUACCAUCACCAUGUCCCAGAGAACCUGCUUCCUACUAGUGGUAGGAGUGUAUGCUAUGGGGGUCUUUGGAGCCGUGACUCACACAAGUGCUCUAACCAGACUGUCUUUCUGUGGAAACAAUGUAAUUAGUCAUUAUUUUUGUGACAUUCCACCCCUUUUGAAACUCUCCUGUUCUAGCACCCACCUUAAUGAGCUUUUGGUGAUGCUUCUGGUUGUGAUUAACUCAUUGGUAACCACUCUAUCUAUUUUGAUUUCUUAUAUUUUCAUCCUUUCCAAUAUCCUAAGCAUCCAUUCUGCUAAAGGCAGGUCCAAGGCCUUCAGCACUUGUGCAUCCCACCUGGCAUCUGUGGCUGUCCUGUAUGGCUCCAUCAUUUUUAUGUACUGUCAGCCUGCAUCAAGCAGCCACAUUACUCAACAGAAAGUGUCCUCAGUGAUCUACACCACAGUCAUCCCCAUGCUAAACCCCUGGAUCUAUAGUCUGAGGAAUAAGGAUGUGAAGGAUGCACUGAGAAAAAUGAGAAAAGACUGGACAGUUUCUUGGUGCAGACAUGGAAAGCCUUGCAUCAAAUAA